ACUACUAUCUACUAAACAGUAAAUAUUACUAAAUAAUCAACAUACGGCCAUGGCAAGUUUAAGAUUAUUUUUUAGCCAUCGUAUAUUUAACACAUAUUUUGCUGACUUGGCGUGUACUCUCAAUAUUACUCAAACUGGUUUGAAACAAGCAACCUGUAUCAGAUUUGCAUCCAAAUUCAAUGAUGAAAAAGCCAAACCCAAGCAACAUAUUUCAAGGUACCCUGUACCUGAUGUUAGAACAUUACCAAGUGAUAUGCAAAAAUUAAUAGAUGAAGCCAAAGAAAAGGCUGGUUUUGUCCCUAAUGUCUUCCAAACAUUGUCACACAGACCCAAGGAAAUGCAAGCAUUUGUUAACUACUACGAUGCAGUUAUGGAAGACCGAACUGGAGGGCACUUGACUAAAGCUGAUAAAGAAAUGAUAGUAGUUGCUGUAAGUGCAUACAACAAAUGCAGAUACUGUAUCAUUGCCCACAGUGCAUUAUUUCGAAUAUAUUCCAAAAACAGAAUUCUUGCUGAUCAGAUUGCUGCUAACUGGCAGACAGCAGAUAUUGAUGACCGUCAGAGAUCAAUUUUAAACUUUGCAUUGCAAGUUACAAAAUGUGAACCAUUGUCAGAGACACAUUUCGAUGCACUGCGCCAACAUGGUCUAGAUGAGGAGGAUGCAUGGGAUAUUGGAUCUGUUGUUGCUUUAUUUUCCCUGUCUAACAGAAUGGCCUACCUUACAAGUAUGGUGCCUAAUGAGGAGUUUUACAUGUUAGGAAGGGUCCCAAAAGAAAAAAAAUAGAUUUCUGAUUUUUUUGUGUAUGUUACUAUGUAACCAGUAUUAUCAUUGUUAUCAAUUUUAUCUAGAUUUUAAUAUCAGAAGCUAUGUUUACUUUAAAGGAUUUUAAUUGUUACUUUUUUCAAUAGUGGGGAAAAAAAUGUUGAUUUUUUUAUAAUCCCAAUAAUUUUUAUGGUUUCCUAAAAUGAAAUGAGUUGAAGCUUUUCUGUUAAGGGAUUUGCAAUAAUGAGUUCUGCAUUUGGGAUAUUUUAUAAUUUGAGGGACAAUCACCCGUCAUCAUUUGAUGAUGGUGCCUUUAAUCAGUUUGUAAAUACUAUUUAGCGCAGGAUAAACUGUAAUUGAAAAAUAGAAACAUCAAAAUGGUUAAAAAAUGACUAUGCAUGGGAAUUUCUUGUCACCAACUAAUUUGUUGAUAAGUGGAUCAUUGACUGUACAAGCAGUGUUAAAGUUUAGCAGUUUAUGAUUUAAAUCUGAUAUGCUGUCAAAUUAUGUCCCUGUUAUGGUGAAUGGCCUUCAAAUCUUAAGGCUGCAAUAAUACAGAAUUUAACUAUUUUCUAAUGGAGAAAUCUUUAACAGGCUUUUACUGAAAAAUGUUUUUUUAAUCAGUCAAUAUAUAUUAUACUCAGACUUAGUCACUUCUCGAUAUUUAUUAAAGAUUCACAACCUUAAAAUUUCUUUUAUAAUUUGGAUUAGCUUACAUUGUAUUGUUUAAAGGAAUGUAUAUAUGUAUAGGACUGUAUAUGUCUGUGUGAUUAAUCUUCUUAGCAUUGUGACGUUUAAUGUAACUAAUAAACAAGUCUUAAAA